UAGUACGUUUAGGUACUCUUUUUAUAUUUAAUUAUAAUUUAUAAUCAAAAAUUUAUUUUUGAACCUCAGUCCAAACUAAUUUUAAUUUCAUUUUAAACUUAUCACUAAUCAGUAUUACUGAGACAACUGUUGCCGUAAGGAUAGAAAAACACAGCAAAGUAAAAAUUACUUGUUUCGGCUAUAAACAUGCAUAAAGCAUAAAACCGAAAAAGGAUGCCUACAUCAGUGAUUGGGUUUCAUAAUCUUUUUUCUCUUGCAUCCCGCGAAAGAUGUAUGAUAAACUUUAAAAAGUUUCGUGUGCCAUUCACAAGCACGAAUAAAGUGCCCAGCGGGAGAGCGGCGGUGCUGAUCCCCAUGUGCCGGGUCAACGAGCAGCCCACAUUGCUUUAUACUGUACGAUCGACUAAAUUAAAUAGCCACAGUGGUCAAAUUUCAUUUCCCGGCGGUAAGACUGAUGAAGGUGAGACUCCAGUGGAAACUGCUUUAAGGGAAACACGAGAGGAAAUAGGACUUUCUUCAUCCAAGAUAGAUAUUUGGGGAUAUGGACCUUGCUUUCCUGGGAAGGAUUUCAAAGUAAUGAUUACUCCUAUUAUAGCUUAUGUUCCGGAUUUCACUGUUGAUGAUUUAAAAAUUAAUGAGAAAGAAGUGUCCGAGGUGUUAGCCGUGCCAAUACAUAUUCUUUGUGACCCCAAUAACCAGUAUCAUACUCAAUUUAGAAAUGGAUUUGUCUUACCUGUAUUUUUGGCAGAAAAUUAUAAAAUAUGGGGUAUCACUGCUUAUAUUACUCAUGUGUUCUUGACCUGUUUACUCCCUAGACACAUGUAUAGAAAUGAAUGGAUGAAAAAAAGAAUUACUUUAGAUGUUGACUGGGAACAGUAGAAAAUAUUAUCAUGACUCAAAUAAAAGAAAAUAUAGACAAUAAUUACCGAGGUAACCAUGUUAAAUGUAUGUGUGCAAAAUUUAUUACAAUUUAUUUUAUAUGUUGUUGAAUAAAUUUACACUUUUGUUACAAUGAUUUAUUAAAAAUUACAAAAGCUACAGAUAUAUCACAAUUAGCAUUUAUGCACUUUCUAAAGAACUUAUUGAAAAGCUAUUAAAUAGAAGACAUUUUAUUUAUGUAAAAAUAAUUAAAAAUAAAAUUAAACUGAGGGAAAAUAAAUAAUGGAACCAAGGAAUAAAUGAAACUCAAAUAAAAAAAAAUAUUUAUCCAGGUUUAUUCCUUAACUAUUACAUUACAAUCUAGAACAUUAUUUUACCUAUACAUUGUCCAAUUGACAUGAUUGAUAUCUUUUGCCCUUCUUCGGUAGGUAAUAUGUACUUGUAUAGGUGUACUACAUAGUUUUUAUGCAAAAAAUAUAUAGUGGUUAUUCUAUUGCAUAAAUAAGUGGACAAAUUUAAAGCCCUGCACUUAGUAACCUAGUCAUUGUGGAUAUGGUUAUCACCAAGAAAAUAAGUACUAAACUACCUUCAUGAAGGUAAUGAGGCAAGAGCAAAGAUAAAGGCAGAGGUUUAUAAAAAUGGCGAUAUUUCUUAAAACUAAAUUAU